AUAGCACCGACCUCUCAUACCCAUUUACCCAAAAAAAUGAAGAGAAAACCCUCUCAUUCUCGAACCCGACGUCGGCCAAAACAAACCCCUAACUGGCUACAACUCCCAUCGGACGUGACUGCCUCAAUACUUCACAGGGUGGGGGCAAUAGACAUACUGGAGAAUGUACAGAAGGUGUGCACUACCUGGCGGAGAAUAUGCAAAGACCCGGCCAUGUGGAGAGUCAUAGAUAUGUGCAAUUUGGGGGAUUUGCAUAGCAUACCCUAUGAUCUUGAGAAGAUGUGUAGGCACGCCGUUGAUCGGAGCCAAGGUCAAUUAAUCGAUAUCAAUAUCGAGUACUUCGGCACCGACGAAUUGCUCGAGUACAUUGCCGAUCGAUCACGAGCAGGUACAAAAGGCAGCGGCAAGAGAAUCGAAAGUUCACAUGUUGAAGGCAGAGCACAAAAGGCUAAAUUUUGGGAGUCGAUAAAGUCAAGGUUGAAACCAUUGGACUGCAAGGCAUGCCCAGCAGCUGUGUAUGGCCUUGGCUAUUACAAGGACAAGCAAUUGGCCACCUCCUUGUUUCAUGAAAAUUGA